AUGGGCCCUUUUAGGCUGUUGCAUUUAUUAUACAUCCUCGCUUUUGCGGGUUACGGCUUUACCGGCUACGCCACGGGUGAAGUAGCACUUGGAGGCUUCGACGCCGCGCCUGUGGAAGAUGUCGUAUUUUCGGAAUUGGAUACUACUGCGGAUCCCUCCGGCGACCUUGACAUCAACGAGAUUGGAAGCGCGGUUGAGGAAGGGUCGGAUUCCCGCAAAUUACGCAAAGGAGGAGCUAAAAAGGGUGCCGCUAGCAAGAAGGGUUUGGCGAAGCCAGCUGCCAAAAAAGGUCGCCUUGCAAAGAAGAAAGCGGCCGGCAAGGACAAAAAGGCAAAGAAAGCGGGGAAGAAGGGUAAAGCUGCCAAAGUUGCGACGCCAACAGUUGUAACUGACCCGAAUGCAACAUAUGCACGCUAUAAGGCAGAUAUUAGUGACCCAAUGCACUUUUACCGUUCUCAAGUGACGUUCGACACGGAUCCGAACACUGACAACUCGGUGUACCUGUACUUCAAAACACCGCUAUCUGCUACUGAUAUUAGCGGUCUGUUGAAGAAGAGCCGUGUGAAGAUUCUUGACACGAAAUACGUAUCCAUGAACCAAGAAGAGAUGUCCAGGCUUGACGCCGCUGACAGCAAGAUCAGCUGGGUCUACAAUGAAAAGACGAAAAAGUUCUACCGCUUCAAAGGCGCUGCUGGCGGCACGGGAUCAUUGAAUGCUAGCACUAAGAACUCUACAGAAGCUGAGUCGACAUCAGCCGAUGAGAGCACCAAGGGCAGCUCAACAAGCGAAACAUCUACGACGGAAAAUUCAUCAAAAAAUUUUAGAGGCGAGUCGGCUGUCACAGGCGAAACCGACGCGAAUCCAACCAAUUCUGAGUCCAGCACGGCAGACAGCAGCAAUGUUUCGCUCACCGAAAGCACGUUGGCGGCCAAUGACUCGUCGGCGUCGGAUGCAAAAACACAGGAAUCCAGCGACAAUAGCUCCGGUAACAGCUCAGACUCGAAAAAUGUUACAAACGGCGUAACAAGUGGUGUCACUGAGUCGGACGGUGAAACCACGGAGACUACUUCCACCGUCUCUAGUGAUGCCGAUGCUUCAGUGACGGGAGAGGAUGGUGCAUCACCAAGCAGCGACCCGAUCUCGGCUGAUGAAUCCAUCACAACCACCACUGGUGGCAGCACAAGCGUGGACAAGAAUAGCACCACGAAUGACACAGCGUCUACCAAGAAGAAGAAUCCCGUCACCGGCUCCUAUGAUCUUGUCGACGAAAACGGCAACGCUGCCGACACCAGCAUGCACAAAAGGGCUCUUGACGACGAAAUAGCGUCCGAAACCGGAGACACCAGUGGCGUAGUCCUGAAGGGAUUCAAGCGCCUGAAUGAGGACGGCGAGGUCAUAGCUUCCUCCGAUACCACCAGCACGACGACGACGGAGGAUACGUCCGGAUCCACCACAAAAAAGACACCCGAUUCUGAGGAUGGUUCGCCCCUGUGGUCACGCCGGCGCGUUCAAAAUGAGGUAAUUGCAACCGAGAAGAGAGUAUCCACAUUGGAGAAUAGAAUGGGCAAGGCCGAAAAGAAGCUCGAUGAAGUGGUCAAGAUCUAG